AUGCCUCCCAAGGGGAAGGCCAAGGCUCUGCCAGAAGUCUCGUCGCUGGAUGCUCCUUCCUCGUCCUUGGAUGCUCCACCCCCGUCGCCUACUCCGGCCUUGACGGAUCCUGCAUACAAGGACAAAGGCAAGGGCAAGAUGCCGGAAGAAUCAAGCUCUGUGCCUCCUGUUGAGGCUUCCGCGAGUGGAUCUGGUUUGUCGCUGGAGGAGAAGCUACGUUCUCUUCGCACCGCUGCUCCUGAAAGCGGUUUUCUUGAAGAUGACUCGGACGAAGAACUCGAAGUUGAAGUCAAGACGGAGGCUUUCAACCGUGUCCGCUACACGGCGAUUCUGCUGAUCCCCGUGGCUCUCGCCUUGGAGAUAGCGUCCAUCAUCACCACGGUGCGGACCCUGAUGCGACGUGUUUGGUCGUCUAUGCUCUUCGAUGGUGCUGUUGAAUCGGCAAAGUUCCAGGAGCUCAUGCCGGCGUACGUGGCGAAGACUCGUUACAGCCGUCUCCAAGUCUCCCUCCUGCGCGAAGACGACAUCAUGAGCAUCAGAGCCAAGGAAGUUGACUACGCGCGUCCUAAUGCUGCGUCUUUACCGGCCUCGCCGCUGAUCACUCCCAUUCUGCUGGAUCCGGCCAUGGUGUUAAUCUCAACCGGGGGGAACCGGGAGGAGUGGAUCUGCACGCAAGUGGGCUGUGGGAAGGCCAAGGGGAAGAGUUUCAUGACUGCGGGAGACCACGUCACAUCUGCGAACCAUCUCAUCCACCUCGAGAAGCUCGGCUCUGCUACACGUGCCUCUCUCGAGAGAGCCAGUCUCAACGUCACGAAGAGGGAAUACGGGAUCUGA